AUGAGUAAUCAAGCGGGAACACUAUCGUCAGAAAGUAAAUGUAAGCUGGAAUGUCUAAAGGAGGAAGUUCGAUCGAAGCUACGAGUUUUUCCGGAUUUUCCACAGCUAGGGAUCAAAUUUAUAGAUGUGAUGGUAUUAAUGCGCUAUCCGUUGUUGCUCAAAAACUUAUGUGCAGCAAUAGCUGAGUAUGUCCGUGUUGAAAUGCAGGUUGAUGCAGUUGUUGCCUUAGAAGCUCGUGGUUUCUUGUUUGGUCCUCAAAUCGCUAUGAUUUUGGAAGUGCCUUUUGUUCCGAUUAGAAAAAAAGACAAGCUACCAGGAAAAACAUACAAAGAAAUCUAUCAGAAAGAAUAUGGCGAAGAUAUUAUCGAGAUGCAGGAAGAUGCAAUCAAGCAGGGUUCAAAAGUAUUAUUAAUGGACGAUCUUUUAGCAACAGGUGGUAGCUUAAAAGCAGCUAUAUCACUGAUUCAGAAGGCUGGUGGUGACGUUGCUGGAGCAUUCACAUUAAUCGAACUUGCUUACCUAGAGCCACGAAGACAUAUGCCAAAACAUAUUCCUAUUCAUUCUUUUAUCACUAUUACUGAAUAG